GUUAAGGAUAAGCUUUGUUUUAAAAGUCGUUAGCAGUCAACAUGGAAGCACAAAAUCCAGAAGAGGAAAUGAAAUGAAGCAAUACUGGGACGGGCGGAUUCUUAAUGACGAGAAAGAGAUAAGUACAAGCAGUGCCUACCCUGCGGAGCGGGGGGGGACCACACAGAAAUCUUGACUUAAACAAAACAAGUUAACAGUUUGAGUUGCUUGCAAUCUACCACCAUAGCCCAAAUCGCCAAAGCAAAGCAAAGAGAGGAGAGGAGACAAAGAUUGGAAGAUAUAAACAAAUAAAUACGGUCUUGUUUGCUGACGUGAAAGCAAGGCAAACCGAAAACGAUCAAAGCAUGGAUUAGAGUAGUACAAAAACCAAUGUCCUCGGCACUCUCCGUCACUCCCUCCUUCCUUCCUUGACCAGGCAAUGGGUUAUCACAAGGUUCCUUGCAGUGUGCUUUUUCUCUUCCUCUUCAUCAGUGUUUGCUUUUCCUAUCAAUGUUUGGCUGAUGGAGUUGAAGCAAACCAGACAGCUCAGCUGCUUAUAGAUGCUUCUGAAGGUUCAGGCCACCCAAUACCUGAUACACUCUUUGGAAUAUUCUUUGAGGAGAUCAACCAUGCUGGUGCCGGUGGGCUGUGGGCAGAGCUUGUAAGCAACAGAGGUUUUGAAGCUGGGGGAUCUAAUAUCCCCUCAAACAUUUAUCCGUGGUCCAUAAUUGGGGAUGAGUCAUCUUUAAUUGUGUCAACAGACCGCUCAUCAUGUUUUGAACGUAACAAGGUGGCCCUCCGAAUGGAGGUGCUCUGUGAUAGCGAAGGCACUCAUAUCUGUCCAUCUGGGGGAGUUGGUAUUUACAACCCAGGGUUCUGGGGCAUGAAUAUUGAACAAGGGAAAAGCUACAAAGUCGUAUUUUAUGUUCGCUCAACAGCAGCGGUUAAUAUUUCUGUAUCAUUUUCGGGCUCAAACGGGUUGCAGACACUCGCUUCUGCUAACAUAAUAGCUUCUGCUUCUGAUGUUUCAAACUGGACAAAGAUGGAGGUUCUGCUGGAAGCCAAAGCAACAAACCAAAAUUCUAGGCUGCAACUAACAACAACAAAAGAAGGUGUGAUAUGGUUUGAUCAAGUGUCAGCUAUGCCUCUGGACACUUACAAGGGGCAUGGCUUCCGAAAUGACCUCAUUGAAAUGCUUGCAGAUAUAAAACCUCGAUUUAUCAGAUUUCCAGGUGGCUGUUUUGUGGAAGGUGAAUGGUUAAGAAAUGCAUUUCGCUGGAAAGAAAGCAUUGGACCUUGGGAAGAAAGACCAGGGCAUUUUGGUGAUGUUUGGAUGUACUGGACUGAUGAUGGACUUGGUUACUUUGAGUUUCUUCAAUUAGCAGAGGACCUUGAUGCAUUGCCAAUAUGGGUGUUCAACAAUGGAAUUAGUCACAAUGAUCAAGUUGAUGCAUCCACCAUUUUACCUUUUGUGCAAGAAGCCCUAGAUGGUAUUGAGUUUGCUAGAGGUGAUCCGAAUUCUGAGUGGGGUGCUGUUCGAGCUGCAAUGGGACAUCCAGAACCUUUUGACUUGAGAUAUGUUGCUAUUGGGAAUGAGGAUUGUGGAAAAAAGAAUUACCGAGGAAAUUACCUCAAGUUCUAUGAUGCUAUAAGACGUGCCUACCCAGAUAUCAAAAUGAUUUCAAACUGUGAUGGAUCUUCUCACCAGUUGGACCACCCAGCUGACUUUUAUGAUUUUCAUGUUUAUACAUCUGCCAGCAACUUGUUUUCCAUGUCCCAUCAAUUUGAUCAUACAUCACGAACGGGUCCAAAGGCCUUUGUUAGUGAAUAUGCUGUCACUGGAAAAGAUGCUGGCACUGGAAGUCUUUUAGCUGCACUCGCUGAGGCUGGAUUUCUUAUUGGACUGGAAAAGAACAGUGAUGUUGUUCAGAUGGCUAGCUAUGCACCACUUUUUGUAAAUUCCAAUGACAGGCGGUGGAACCCAGAUGCAAUUGUCUUCGAUUCCUAUCAGGUAUAUGGGACUCCUAGCUACUGGGUGCAACAUUUUUUCAUAGAGUCAAGUGGAGCGACUCUUCUUAAUGCAACACUUCAAACAAAUUCCUCUAUGUCCCUUGUUGCUUCUGCAAUUACUUGGCAAACCUCAAAGGAUGACCAAACGUACAUAAGAAUAAAGGUUGUAAACUUUGGGAGCAAUUCAGUGAAUCUCAAAAUUUCUGUGAGUGGGUUGGAUCCAAACUCUGUAAAGCUGUCUGGUACAAAAAUGACUGUUCUCACAUCCACUAAUCUGAUGGAUGAAAAUUCCUUCAAGGAGCCAACGAAGGUCGUACCGACUGAAAGUCUGCUAAAAAAUGCAGACAAGGAGAUGACUGUCCAACUUUCACCACAUUCAUUCACUUCAAUUGAUUUGUUAAAAGAGUCUGUCAGUCUUAGAAUCACAGAAGCUGAUUCUACCUCUGUAUCUUCAAUUUGAAAUAACUAAGCUAUUGAAGUUAUAUGCAAUAAAAAAUGAUCCAUUGAAUAACGAUAAAUCAUUAGCACUAUAUAUGUGCUUGUUGUCUUUGCAUCCCAUCCCUGCAAAGUAUCAGAUGCGCCCAAACUCUGUUGUAAAUAAUUUACUAUGUUGUGUCUAUUUAGUUUCAAGCUUGUUUAUCUAUU